GACAUGUACCGGGAAGUAUGGCCUGUGAUAAGGCAGAAGAUUUGUACGAGAACAACGCUCGGGCAGGCUCAAGCCAAUUGGAGCGCGAUAAAAACUCGAGUAAACAGUCCGCUCCUACUCCAGCAUCCCGGCGAAACCAACGAAGACGCGAGUUGGCUUCACGCGAACCUCUAAUAAAGCAAGAAAUGGGCAUAAAUGUAGAGUCUCUAUUGAGAGAAGCCAGAGGAAAUGGAAUAGAUCUCACAUCCAAUACCCCUCCGGAUUCACCUGGGCACUAUUCGAGCCCUGGGCCUAUCCCACCUAAUGAUGACAUGGAGAAUGAUAACUCGGGACCUAUCGACUUGACUAUGGAUGAGGUUAUAGACUUGACUGGAGAUAUCGAAAUAAGCGAGGAUGAAAGGACCAGCAGACCACCUGCGGCAGAUGUAACAAGGAACGAUGACCAUGCAGGAGGUCAGCAUGAUGAAGAGUCGGACAGAGACUCGUUGUUUAACGCAUCUGAUGGACAAGAUAAUGGAGGUCGUGGUGGUAUUGAUUUCGACCAAGGUCAUCUGAACUCGUUCGCUAGCGAGGCCCCAGCACCGAUUCCCGAUCCUUAUCCCACCACAGAACCCCCAACGUCUAAUGUCAUCCUCACGAAGCGAAUAUCCAAACCGGGCCGCAAAAGGGCGCUAGAUAUGAUAGAUGGUCCGGCCAAGGACAAACCAAAGCAGCAAGCCAAGAAACGUCGAAUCGAACCAAACGCCACAAGCCUUUUCACUGCAGUUAGAGGAAAAGCUAUUGUGAGAGGGAGAGACGGAGGGGUCACCAAAUUCAAUGCAGUUACAAGUGCUGGAUCAGAUUUGGCGGCCAAGAAAGCUCUUGAAAAGUCGUUGAACUUGUCUUCAACCACGUCUACCUUUCGACCAGAUUCCAAUACUCCGGCCAUUCAAACGCCCGGAACCUCUGUCAGUUAUAUACCUGUUACCAACGCAGACGAUCUAGAAGAUUUUGAAGAUGAGGAACAGAACAAUGUCCCAGAUGCCAGAGAAGAAGACAUGCAGCAAGAAGCAGUAAAUGCUCUCAGGCGCGAGCGUUGGGGCAUGAUUUCCAAGCCAACGACUACUACAGAGAUUGUGGAGGAAUUUCUCCCUGACUGGGGUACACUACCGGCUCCUGAUCCCGAAGCUCCGCCUCUUUUUCUCCUUCGCCUCUCCAAACAGCACACGCUUCGGCUCAUGCUCAAAGACUGGUCAAAGCAUCAGUGGCAGUGGUAUCCAAGAAGCAAGAUCCUCAAAAAAGAAGAGAACGACGAUGCAAGAUCAUCUCUACCUAACACCCCUACUCGACGAGGUUCAGUCUCUGAAGUCGAAUGGGUACAACAUAAGAUGGCUCUUCUAGACCUUGUCCCGCAAUAUCAUCAAGUGGCUCAAGAUAUCUCGUCGAAGCGUAUAUACAGCCUCUGGCUUGACUGGAGCAACAGUAAAGACGAGACUGAACGGGCUUACCUGAAGUCCCAAGCUGUAGAAGAGAGGAACUCGGAUGGUGGAUGGAGGUUAGGAGAAGAAGAAAGAACCGGGGUAAUUCCCCUGGUCGCUGACUGUAGCAGAGCAGAAGAGCUGCUGUUCACUGUGACCGACGGAACAAAUGCGUGGAGGCUUGACAAACCAGAGACAAGUCAAGUGAGAAAGCAAGUUGGGAGUUGGGCAUUCUUGAUGCCUUGGGAGCACCAUGGGAAGGGGGGUCGAAGUGAAGGACUGUCCAGGAGGCUAGCACGCUACCUUGAGGUGAAAGAAAAAUUCUUGAUAGUUCAGUCUCCGCUCGUGGACGAGCAUAACAAGCACCCUCAUACGCUUCUUAUCUUUGCAUCAAAGUCUCAUCACAUGGGGUCGCUAUGUGGAAUACCGGAUGAAUUUAAGAUACGGGUCAAGUCGCUAGUUAUGGUACAUAUCGUCAGAGUGAAUGAGGAAGUUGGCCAACUCACAUUGUUGGUGGCUACUAUCUCGAAAGUAUUGGUUCAUUGGAUGAUCUAG